AUGGCUACAUCACGUAUCCAGACGGCUUGGGCGUGUUUCAACGAUUACAACCCUGUGGACCAAAGUUUAAUUGUUGGACAGCACCCCUAUCUCUACAAUAUGGUCAUGGCCACUGGCGCCUCAGGCCUAGGAAUCCAGCACGCGAUUCCCAUUGGCCGAGCAGUGGCUGAACUCGUUCAUUACAAGCAUUACAAAUCCAUUGACCUUACACGAUUCUCUUUCGAUAGGUUCUAUCUGAAAGCACCGUUUGCAGAGAAGUCUGUGUUUUAG